AGUUAACCCACGCUGCUCGCCCCCGCUCGCUCGUGGGCAUCAGCCAAGUGUGUCUACAAGCAAUAGUAGUGGACGGACACGCGGAGCAACAAAAAGCUUUCAAGAUAUCAGAUAAAAUACAGAUAAAAAAGAACUAGUGGAACAGUAAUCUACAUGUAUCCCUUGUGGCUCCAAAAGACCCUGUAAAACAUCUUAGAAAAAAAGGGAACGUAAUUGAGCUGUCAAGUGUUGUUGAGUGUUGACAGCAAUUAUACUCCCGCGGCUGGAGUAGUCCACGUCGGCCGGGAUUGUGAGAGCGUCACUUGGUAACCAUGGCAACAGCGGUGGUCAACGGAGAAGAGAUGAGUGAACUUGGUCGGCAAACUUCAUUCAAGCUGAGCGAGAAGGUGGUGGAGGCGACGGCGUCAGGCUUUAAGGACAGAACCAAGCGGAGAUUCUCCUUGCCGACGGGACCUCGCUUCGACUCCCGCCGCUCCUCCAUCGUGUCCAUCUGCUCCUCCACAUCUUCCUACACGGGAUCCAGCAGCGAUGAGGACGAGCAGUCCCCGCGGGAGAAGACGCAGAAGACCUCCAAGGGCUCGACCGACUUCUGCGUCAAGAACAUCUCGCAGGCCGCGUUCGGGCGCAGGGAGAUCGAGAUCGACGAGAAGGAAAUGCCCGGUAUCAUCGCGCUCCGGAAGCGAGCCACGGACGACAAGCCCCUGAAAGGAGCCAAGAUCGUGGGUUGCACUCACAUCAAUGCCCAAACUGCUGUCCUGAUUGAGACUCUGGUGGAGCUUGGAGCCACUGUGCGGUGGUCGGCAUGCAACAUUUUCUCCACUCAAAAUGAAGUGGCUGCAGCCUUAGCUGAAGCAGGCCACCCUGUCUUUGCCUGGCGUGGGGAGAGUGAGGAGGACUUCUGGUGGUGCAUUGACAAAUGCAUCAAUGCUGAGAACUGGCAGCCAAACAUGAUCUUGGAUGAUGGAGGAGAUGCAACUCACCUUAUGCUCAAGAAGUACCCGGCCAUGUUCAAGAUGAUCAAGGGUAUCUGUGAGGAGAGUGUGACUGGUGUUCAUCGGCUGUACCAGCUCAGCAAGGCAGGGAAACUGACAGUGCCAGCCAUGAAUGUUAAUGACUCAGUCACCAAGACCAUGUUUGAUAACCUUUACUCUUGUAGGGAAUCAAUCAUUGACAGCUUGAAGCGUGCCACUGAUGUGAUGUUUGGCGGCAAGCAGGUGGUUGUCUGCGGCUAUGGAGAAGUUGGAAAAGGCUGCUGCCAAGCCCUUAAGGGUCUCGGCUGCACUGUUUACGUCACAGAAAUUGAUCCUGUGUGUGCCCUCCAGGGAUGCAUGGAUGGUUUCCGGGUAGUGAAGCUGUCCGAAGUGAUCCGCCAGGUAGACAUCCUGGUGACUGCAACAGGCAACAAGAAUGUAGUGACCCGGGACCAUAUGGACAAAAUGAAGAAUGGAGCCAUUGUUUGCAACAUGGGUCACUCUAAUACAGAGAUUGACGUGUGUGUGUGUGUGUGUGUGUGUGUGUGUGUGUGUGUGUGUGUGUGUGUGUGUGUGUGUGUGUGUGUGUGUGUGUGUGUGUGUGUGUGUGUGUGUGUGUGUGUGUGUGUGUGUGUGUGUGUGUGUGUGUGUGGGUGUGUGUGCUACUAUUUCUUUGAAACACAGACCGAUAAAACCGCUACCAUGACAUACCAUUAAUUCAUUAUAGCCCCUUACAAUAAACAUGAUGCAUCUGUAUGUCCCAAAAAAUGUUUUUACUCGAAGUUAGGAUUCCAACAAAAGGAAGUGAGACUAAAAUUAUGCUGUAAAUAAAUAAUACACACGUUACUAAAAUGCGAAA